AUGGCGAAGAAGGACCAGAAGAGCGGACCUCAUGAUGAAUCGGGGAAAAGGCCCCCGCGCAAAAACAAUGACCCACCGCCAACUGCUACCGCUCCCGCCGUCACAACCGCUCCCGCCGUCACAACCGCUCCCGCCGUCACAACCGCUCCCGCCGUCACAACCGCUCCCGCUGUUACUACCGCUCCCACCGUUACCACUACAACUGCCGUCACCACUUCAACGUAUGUCGCUACAGCAACCACCGCUGCUACUGCUGUUACCACCCGUGGGUCUACGGAAUCGUCCGUGCCGCGCACACCGUUUGACGAUCCGCGCGUCGGGUGGAUUUAUAGACUGAGCAAAGAGGAGCUGCAGAACGAGAUGAGUAAAUACGGCCUUUCUACGGCAGCUGCAGUGAGUAGGCUGUCAAAUGACCAGAGCAAGCGACUGGAGACGUGUCUAGCCAACGAUUUCGCGCUCCUCAAGAAGGUCACGUCCGACCUGGUAGGUGAGGAGGAAGAAGAGCCACCCCAUCGACCCGCGGUUGCAACGGCCGCGCUGGUGGAGGUAUCCCCAGCCAACCGUCGCAAUGCUCCCACCGAUACGCCUCACACACCGCUCUCCACCGCAUCGUCUAGCCGGCCAGUGCCACAGGAGGUGCGCGACCUCCUGUCCAAUUUGCCGUUGGAAGACACGAGGCGGCGAAGGAAAAAUCAGAGGAUGAAGGUGUUCAGGGGAGAUGGAACGUUUUUCCGAGUCCGGACGAAGAAACUGCGUACGAUGAAGGACAUAUAUUGA